AUGUCCUCAUCAUCAACUAUUCAAACAGAUAUAACAGACGAUGCUUUAUUAUCGACCAAUCUUUCUGUGAAUGAUACUUCCGAUUUUCCUGAUUUAUCUGCUGUGGGUUUCUCGUACACCUUUCAAUUUUGGUACUUACUUGUAUGUGAAAUACCCUCACUUGCAUGCUAUUUAUUUGUUUUUAUCUAUAUUUUAACUGAAAAAACUCAGCGUCGAGCACUUCAUAAUCAUUCAAUGCUUGUUCUUCUAAUUAUUUGUUUUCCUAUUGUAUUAUUUGACUAUUCAUGGACAAUAGAUAGUUGUCGUCGUGAAGGAGAAGUUUGGUUCCAAGGAUCAUUUUUAUGUCAAGUUUGGUGGUUGUUUGAUUAUGGUUUUUAUAAUACAAGUGUUGUUAUUCUAGCUUGGUCAUCAUUUCAACGUCAUAUUCUUAUUUUUCAUUCAAAUCUAGUUUCAACAAAACGAAAACGAUUAUUUAUUCAUUAUUUUCCUUUAACAUUUAUCCUAGUAUAUCUAACUAUUUUUUAUAUCUAUGUUAUUUUCUUUCCACCCUGUGAAAAUCAAUAUGAUUUUACAUCAGCUGUUUGUGGAGAUUAUCCAUGUUAUUUCACAGUACCGGUGUUAGCAAUAUGGGAUAAUAUUGUUCAUGGUCUCAUAUGUACUUUUCUAAUUGCAAUAUUUAAUAUCACUUUGCUUAUACGUAUCAUAUGGCAAAAACGUCAUCAACGUCCGAACUGGAAAAGAUACCGAAAAAUGGUUGUUCAAUUACUUUCAAUCUCUGCAGUUUAUCUUUGUUUUAAUACUGCACCAUCAAUUAUUGUCACCGUACAAAUGGCAGGUUAUCCUGAUUGGGGUGCUGAUGUUUACAAUUAUUUUUUCUUCUUUACUACUUCGAUUCAGUUUCUCGUUCCGUUUAUAUGUUUGUUACAUUUGCCCAAUAAAUUCCGUAAGAUCAGAAAAUUAAUUACAGGUAAUCGUCGACGUGUCAUGCCUGGAGUAAUUGUUCGACCAAUUCAUCAUUGA